AAAAUGGCAUGUCAAGUCAAAUGUCAUUCUGAUUAUUAAAAUAUCCACAAUAUUCACGAUUUUCGACUUUAUUCCGAGCCUACAACAAACUCAUCGACCUAGUCGUGUUUCUGCUAGUUCUACGUGACAUUUAGAACGUACACCAUGGCUGGUCCCAACCCCUACAGCAAUCUCCUCCGUACGGUGGAAGUCCACGGCAAGACCUACAAAUAUUACGACUUGGCCUCCUUCGGUGAUAAAUACAACCGGCUCCCAUACAGCAUCAGAGUGCUGCUCGAGUCAUGUGUGCGCAACUGCGACAACUUCCAAGUGUUAGAAAAGGACGUCAACAACGUGCUAGAGUGGGAGAAAAACCAGGCCGUAGAAGGUGGAGUGGAGAUCUCCUUCAAACCCGCCAGGGUGAUUUUGCAGGACCUGACAGGGGUGCCAGCGGUGGUAGAUUUCGCGGCGAUGCGCGCCGCCGUGCGCGAACUCGGUGGCAACCCUGACAAGAUCAACCCCAUCUGCCCCGCCGACCUGGUCAUCGACCAUUCAGUGCAGGUCGACUUCGCUGGGACAUCCGAUGCAUUGAACAAGAACCAGGAGUUGGAAUUUGAAAGGAACAAGGAAAGAUUCCAGUUUUUGAAGUGGGGUGCGAAGUCGUUCGACAACAUGUUGAUUGUGCCGCCGGGCUCCGGUAUCGUUCACCAGGUCAACUUGGAAUACUUGGCCCGCGUGGUCUUUUUUAAAGACAUGCUGUACCCAGACUCCGUGGUCGGCACCGACAGCCAUACAACUAUGAUCAACGGACUUGGCGUCGUCGGCUGGGGUGUUGGAGGUAUCGAAGCAGAGGCGGUAAUGUUGGGACAGGCCAUCAGUAUGUUGGUGCCCAAAGUUGUCGGAUACCGCCUCGUCGGGGUAUUGAACCCACUCACCACCUCCACUGAUCUUGUGCUUACCAUCACCAAGCAUCUCCGCUCUCUCGGCGUAGUCGGCAAAUUCGUGGAAUUUUUCGGCCCCGGCGUGUCCGCCCUCAGCAUCGCGGAUCGAGCCACCGUGGCCAACAUGUGUCCCGAGUUCGGGGCAACCGUGGCGCACUUCCCGGUUGACGCGCGCUCAUUGCAGUACCUAGCACAGACUAAUCGCACUCAAGAGAAGAUCGACAUUAUUGAGGCGUACCUGCGGGCCACCAACCAGUUCAGGGACUACAAUGACCCCUCGCAGGACCCCAUCUUCUCUGAGAUAGUCGAACUGGACCUAUCCACCGUCGUGACGUCAGUUAGCGGCCCCAAGCGGCCGCAGGACCGCGUCUCCGUCUCCAAAAUGAAGAAGGACUUCCAGGAGUGCCUUAGCAACAAGGUCGGUUUCAAAGGCUACGGCCUGAGCCCGGCGCAGAUGGACACGUCAGCAAGCUUCACGUUCUCCGACGGAGCCACGUACACCAUCCGGCACGGAUCCGUCAUCAUAGCGGCCAUCACCUCCUGCACCAACACUUCCAACCCGAGUGUCAUGUUGGGCGCAGGUAUGCUCGCCAAGAAAGCCGUGGAGAAUGGCUUGAGCGUAUUGCCUUACAUCAAGACUUCCCUGUCUCCUGGCUCUGGUGUAGUCACGUAUUAUCUCAAGGAAUCUGGAGUGGUACCGUAUCUAGAAAAGUUAGGUUUCGAUAUCGUCGGCUAUGGUUGUAUGACCUGUAUCGGCAACUCUGGACCCAUUGAUGACAACAUCGCCAACACUAUUGAAAAGAACGAGCUGGUUUGCUGCGGCGUCCUCUCCGGCAACCGCAACUUCGAAGGCCGCAUCCAUCCCAACACGCGCGCCAACUAUCUCGCCUCUCCCCUAUUGGUCAUCGCCUACGCUUUGGCGGGCACUGUCGAUAUCGACUUUGAAACUCAACCACUGGGUAAACGCGCCGACGGCAGCCCGGUGUUCUUGCGCGAAAUCUGGCCUACCAGAGCUGAGAUCCAGGAGGUUGAAAACAAGCACGUCAUCCCCAACAUGUUCAAGGAGGUGUACGAGAAGAUCGAGCUGGGAUCCCCGUCCUGGCAGGCCCUGGACGUGCCGAGGGGCAAGCUGUACGACUGGGACCCCAACUCCACCUACAUCAAGAGACCGCCUUUCUUCGACGGGAUGACCAGGGAGCUGGGAACUAUUAGUGACAUUGAGAACGCCCGCUGCCUGUUGCUGCUCGGUGACUGCGUGACCACCGACCACAUCUCCCCCGCCGGGGCCAUCGCGCGCAACUCCCCCGCGGCGCGCUACCUCGCCGGCCGAGGCCUCACGCCUCGCGAGUUCAACUCGUACGGUUCCCGUCGAGGCAACGACGCCAUCAUGGCGCGCGGAACGUUCGCGAACAUUCGGAUCGUUAACAAGAUGGCGCCCGCGCCCGGGCCCAGGACCACUCACCAGCCCAGCGGGGACCUUAUGGACAUCUUCGACGCGGCUGACAGAUACGCGCAAGAGAAGGUGCCCCUGAUCGCCAUCGUGGGCAAGGACUACGGGUCGGGCUCCAGCCGCGACUGGGCCGCCAAGGGACCCUACCUAUUGGGCAUCAAAGCGGUGAUCGGUGAAUCAUUCGAGCGCAUCCACCGCUCCAACCUGGUGGGCAUGGGCAUCAUGCCGCUGCAGUUCCUGCCUGGGGACUCCGCCGACAGCCUCGGGCUCCAGGGGACAGAGCGCUACAGCCUCAAGGUGCCGAAAGACCUUGCUCCGGGACAGCACGUCACUGUGCAGAUGGACAACGGAAAGUCUUUCCAGGUGAUCGCGCGCUUCGACACGGAGGUGGACCUCAUAUACUUCCGCAAUGGAGGCAUCCUUAACUACAUGAUUAGAAAAAUGCUGUAGGUUGAUAAGCACAUUGCAUAUAUCGCAGUAGUAUGGUUUUAUUGCCUAAAUAGUUACAUAUUGCAUAUGUCGCAGUAAUAUGUUUUUAUACAGGAGGGGGUUCAAAUUGUGUGUGCGUGUAUGUAUUCGGUGGUAAAAAUGGAGACCUUAUUUGUAAUUAAAAAUAAAAGAAAAUCUUGUGUUAAUACCGAAGUACUCGUGUUAUAUACAGGGUGGAAAAAACAUAUGGGCCCUGGAAGGAAAAUGCCUUAAAACCUUAUGUUAGUUCAUUUUCCUUAAAGGAAACAUUCUAUUAUUUUUAAAAAUAAUCAAUUACUGCAUUCAGACUUUUCAUAUUUUUUUUUUCAAUUUAGCUUGAAGUGUAAAAAUAUUAUGAGUACUAAAUAAUUGAUUUUAUAGAUAUUUUGUACGACAGACGAGUGUAAGACCUAAUGUUUCAUGGAGAAAUGUUGUCAUUAACAUUAACUGUAUCCACUAGUACCUAUAAUAAAAUAGUGAAUGUUUAUUUUUUGGAAUUUUUAGUCGGUUCGAUUCCCAGGCGAGUAAAGCUAAUUUAAAAAAAAAACUUUGAAUGCAGCUUUGUGUCUCUUUAAAAAUAAAAUAAUGUUUUCUUUAAUUAAAAUAAGCUUGAGGUUUUAAGGCACUUUCCCUCCAGGGCCCAUAAUUUUUUUCCACACUGUAUACUAAUUCCAAUACUUAUAAGAUCUGGACAAAAGAUUGAAUAUUUCUUUUGUGUACACUAUCAUACUACGAGUUUUCAUUUAAGGUCAACCGGGAUCAAUCAUUCAUUCAUUCAUUUCUUGAAUGCGGUACAAUAAAGAUGUAAUAAAACAAUUUUUGAUCAGCACAUCCCGCCUGAAUAGGCAUAGAAAUAAUAAGUAUUACCUAUAACUAUGACUAGAUUCUUAUGACCUAUCAUGCAGCAUGCAAAAACGAUAAAGUUAUGACAUUAUACUAAAUUUAAUAAAUAUGCGGCAUAUAGUCAAAAAAUUCUUUCAGAGUAAAAAUCAUUUUGUACCAAAAAGUCCAACAAAUAUUUCCUAAAUAGAGGCAUAUCGGAUUCUCUUAAACUCUCAAUUAAUGUGUCUCUUAUUCAAUGUAACUAUAUUACCAUUUCUCGAAUAAGAUUGGUCGGAACGCCCUCUAUAAUACGUUUUAUUUCCAAAUAGCUCUUGCUGUUAUCACUAGAUGACGGGAGCUCUUGUUUAAAAAAAAAACACAAAUAGUCGCAAUAACCCUCCAGCAAGCUCGGUUCUCCAUACAUGCUCUAAAAACUUAGUACAUACAAUAGGAUAAGGUAUAUCUAUAUCUGUAAUUAGUCUACGUAGCUUCAGAUACCAUAGUUAAAAAAAUACAGCUUAUUUAAGUUUUUCAUACAAAACUUGUUUUUGCUCUAUUUCGUUUGUUUUAUAAACUGGAGAUAUAUAAACUAAUUACAGACCUAGAUAUAACUCAUGUCAUUGUAUGUGCAAAGUUUCGUUACAAUCCAACACGUAGUUUUAAAAUGAGAGCGAAACUCCGUUUGUAUGGGAAGGUGAAAUUCGGCCGAGCUUGCUGCGGACACUUAACCCGGUUGACCUUACUUCAUCUUCGUACCUGAUUAUAAAACAAGAAUUCCUUUGAAAUAGAAUUUCUCAAUAGGGAGCGUGCGCGUUGGAGGGUCUGCCAUCUUAUGGCCCGAAUCGGAAACAGACACAUGUACAUACCAUGUAUAUACUAUCAAAGAGGAUAUAAUAGGAUAGAGCGGUACUGUCAUAGUAAAUUUUGUAGCCACAGUAAAUUCACUGCCAUCUAUCGACACACGAUUAAAACUAAAAAUGAAGAUGUAUAAAAAUACCAUAAAAUAUAUUUAUAUAUGGAUAAAUUAUUUUAUUUAUUUGCAUUAAUUUGUUUUAUAUGAUUUUGACCCACGUUCUUUCACUGAUAUGCGUUAAAAUUGUUAAAUAACAAACGAAACCGUCAACGCCCUCUAUCCGAGAGUAGGCCAAAGGUAGUGGCGCCAUCUGAUCGAGAAUCAAAUUUCGAAAGGCACGAUUUUCCUUAGACUGUAUCCAUCUAUUACGGAGUUAUAUCUAUCUUUGAUACUAUCUACCGUUCUCGUACGUUUUCUUGUGCAUAGGUAGGUACUGCCAUCUUGUGGGCUACAUCUGAAGCGUAAACUACACAUUUACGCCUCGCGCCAAAAAUCUGACGGCUCCUGUGCUGCCCCCUAUAGUUCAUGCACGCUCCCUAUAGACUUUUUAUUUUUUUCUUAAUUCAUUAUUAACUAUUAUAACACAAAAUAUUGUGAUGUUCUUAUAUAGUUAUCAAAGAGUGAAUAUUUAAUCGCUCGUAGCUAAUGGGGUUGGCCGGUCGAAAUAAUUAGCAGAUGGCGCCAGCAUAGCUUGCCCUGUUAAUCCCUAGAAUUGUGUCAAAUUUUUGUUUUUUUUUUAAUGCCCUGGAUGCCAGCCCUUUAAGCCAAAUCUCAUAGAAAAAGGGGUAAGCUAUGGUGUAGAGGUAAAUUUCAUCACUUUUAAGACUAAUUUUGUUUUUUUAUUUUGUUUUGUUUUCUUAAAAAACUUUGAUUUUAAUUUGUUGCUAUACAAAACGUUGUUAAUGUUGUUUUAUUAUAAUAUUUAUAAUACUGCCAAUAUAUUUUCUUAUGUAGAUAAGUGUAUGUGAACGGUGUAUAAGUAGUAAAUGUAACACAUUACCUAUAUAUUUAUCUUUAGUCUCAAUACAAAGUUAUUUCCUAUAAACAUAUUGUUUUAAUUUUGCCUUAACUGUGUAAACGGUGUAGUGUUUAUAUUUUCAUACAAUUGUUUUAUACUCUGGCACACCCAGUUUGUCAGAAGAAAAAGGCGGCAAAAAAAUUGUAGGCGCGUCGUUCUCCUAUAGAAAAUGUGUAUUUCACGCCUUUUUCUAUUGACAAACUGGGUGUAAUUAGUAUGUAGCAAUACAAUGGUUUGUGUAAAUCUUAAUAUCAUGGGCUUAAGGCUGGUUUUUAUAUUUUUUAAUACUUUAAUAAUAGUUAAUACUGGUAAGUAAUAGGUAUAUUUUGUAUUUUAAUGGAAUAAACAGUUAUUUUAUUAA